AAUACGAGAGUUAAUCACUCCGCGAGAAAGGCUUAUUAACAAGAUGCUUGAACGCUGAUUGGACUUGAUACACACAGUCUAUCCCGUAGGCUACUGCUAUGUCGAAUCGACUACCUGAAAGACCACAAAAAGAUGCGCAAUGAAAUGAGGCUGUGAUGUAAAAAACAAAACAAAAAAUUUAGAGGAUAAUUAUUUUUCGAAAGUUUAAAUGAAAAGAUUAGUAGAAGUGUCACGUCAAUCCUGCCAAGAUGAUGAAAGAAUGCCUUCAGUUUCUCAUUGAGCCGGCCAAAAAGAUCAAGUUCCAUAUCAAGGAGACCCGGAAGCGAGUGAAACAUGUAAAGAAAGAGCCGUUAACAGAGAGUCAGUUGUUUAUUAUGGAGCUGGCACGAGAACUCAACAGGAUUUGUCAGAGAUCAGAUAUUCUGGCUCACAUCUGGACGGGAGAGGAUGUAUGGCCUCCGCACACCUGUCGAGAGUUCAUUUUGGAGACCGCAAGCAUUCUGGAGAUGAAGGAAAUUACAGAUAAGCCCAUGCAGGUGUAUGCUGAUCUACAUCCAGAAAAGCGUGACUGGAAGGGUCAUUUGCUCUGCAUGCUUGAGCAGGGCGGAGAGUAUGACAUGGGCCCCUCAAAAAGGGUCAUUAUGGACUGGACAAGAGGACAGCGUAACAGACACCCGCACGGUAUCUGGCCAGGUGAGGUGGUGUUGAUGAUGUUGGACGAUGUGGAGUUGCAGUGGAAGAAGGGUCACCUGUCACACCUGCAGUCUGCUUUGGAGCUGCUCAUAUGGGUCGUGUUGGAGGAACAUCUAGAUAAGGAACUCAUUCCAAGACUGUGGCUGGUACAAAAACAAAAGACUCAAAUGAUCGAGUGCACUGGCUACAUUCCACACACAGUGUGGAACUGGAUAUGUGAUGCAACAGUGGAGGUGACCCUUGACCCAGAGACAGCCAACCCUACCCUGGUGCUGUCUGAAGACUGCAAGCGCAUGCAUUGCGAUCCAGAGAGACGUGAGGUUUCUGGCAGUCUACGGCGUUUUGAUGGCUGGUGGUGCUGUCUCGGCUCAGAAGGUAUCUUGUCUGGACGUCAUUAUUGGGAGAUAGAAGUGGGCGACCAUGACUGGCGACUCGGGGUGGCCAAAGAAUCAGCCCUCUGCAAAGGCUACGGAACACUCAACACUCAGAGCGGAUACCUCACCCUCAGGCUGGAGAGGGGGUCGGAGCUCAAGGCCCUGACGGUUCCAGCUACCUCUUUGCCCCAGUCACUCAUCCCACAGAGGGUGGGGGUCUACCUGGACUAUGAGGAGGGCCAGCUGUCCUUCUAUGACACCAAGAGGCGAGCACACAUCUACACAUACAGUGAGAGGUUCACGGAGAGGCUUUACCCAUUGUUUGGGACUGUGGAGAUGGUGCGUGACCUGGUUAUCAGACCUGCAGACGUGAGGGAGAGAUGUCUCUGUAAAGGCCUGUGCCUUUUCUGAUCAUUUACAUUAAGCAAGAUAUCGCACAAUUCACACACACAAGCACAUAUCUGGCAUGAGGCCUCAUAAUGGAUCAUAAUUUCACUGAUCAUAAUUGCCGCAACAUAAUGUUUGGAAAUAAUAAAGAGAAAAACAAAAGCUGCAUUUUGUGGCACGCAAAAUAAUUGCUGAAUAAAAUAUAUUGCAUCAUAUUUCUGUUGUACAAGUAGUUUCAGAAAUUAAUUUUUGUUUAAAUUAGGAAAACUCUGAUAUGAUAGUUGGGAGCCUAUGAUUUUGUGGAUUGGGCUGCUCUGUGGAUACAGUGGGAUACCUCUGUCCCCCUUUGUUGUUCCAAACCCAUAUGUCUUACUUUCUUCCAUAAUGCAUGUUAGCCUCAGUCACCAAUUACUUUCAUUGUUCAGCCUAACAUCUAUUUUUGUGUUCCAAAAAGGAAAAAAGUCAUAUGGAUUUGGAACAACAUGAGGGAAAGUAAAUGAUGACAAUUCCAAUUGUUGGGUGAACUACCAUUUAAGCUUUUUCCAUGUGCUGGUACUGAUAAAACAUGUUAAACAAUUUUAUCGGAGGCUAAUUUAGUCACAAACCAAUGCAUGAGCAUUAUUAUUGAAUCAAAUGAAUUCUUGAAUUUUGCAGAAACUGAUAUUUGAAUCAUUCAACUCCAUGUUUGUUUUGCAGUAACUUAUGAAAGCAUAUAGAGGGCACUCUCAUUACUUCGAA